UAUGCCAUUUCCCUCUGCUGAGUCUGCAGUCGUAGCUCUUUAAAUCCUCCAGCCAAGCUGCCUCUUCUCUUCACUAACACCCUUCCAACUUUGCUUUAAAGUUUCAUCGACUUUUCUUCUUUCUAACCUAGAAGAAACGAUGAGCCGAAUUAAAGAGAUUUUUGCCAAUUUUUCUGCUUCUGCCAAACACAUUUCCUCCUCCAAGAAAAACAAGAAAAUUUUCUUGGCAGUUUUUGCAUCUUUAGUCAUUGUUGCUGCCAUAAUCGGCAUUGUUGCUGGAGUGAGUUCACGAAAUGAAGAACACAAUACUUCCCAUCACCCCAUUGUGAAGUCAGCGUGUAGUGCUACAUUCUACCCUGAGUUGUGCUUCUCAGAAGUUGCUAAAGUUCAUGCUGGAACCGCCAAGAAGGUGAGGAGCCAAAAGGAUGUCAUCGAAUUGUCUCUUAACAUCACUACCACUGCCGUCGAACACAAUUACUUCAAAAUCAAGAAGCUGUUGGCUCUAAAAGGCUUGACGGAGCGUGAAAAGACGGCUCUCCAUGAUUGUUUGGAGACCAUAGAUGAGACCCUCGACGAGCUCCACGAAGCUGUCGAGGAUCUUCACCAGUAUCCAAAUAAGAAGUCAUUGAUUCAGCAUGCCGAUGACCUAAAGACCCUGAUGAGUGCUGCCAUGACCAACCAAGAGACUUGCUUGGACGGUUUCUCCCACGAAGAUGCCGACAAGAAAAUUCGUGAAGUGCUGAUCGAUGGCGAGAGGUACGUCGAAAAGAUGUGCAGUAAUGCGCUUGCCAUGAUCAAGAACAUGACGGACACUGACAUCGCGAACGAGAUGAUGCUCAAGACAUCGAACAGGAAGCUGAAGGAGGACGAGAACGAGAUUGCCUGGCCGGAGUGGUUGUCUGCCGGUGACAGGCGCCUGCUUCAGUCAUCUUCGGUGACCCCUAACGUGGUCGUGGCGGCAGAUGGAAGCGGGAACUUCAGAACGGUGUCGGAAGCGGUGGCCAAAGCACCGGAGAAAAGCAGCAAAAGGUAUAUCAUAAGAAUCAAAGCAGGUAUCUACAGAGAAAACGUGGAAGUCCCAAAGAAGAAGACUAACAUAAUGUUCAUCGGAGACGGAAGAACUAGGACGAUCAUCACCGGGAAGAGGAAUGUGGUCGAUGGAAGCACCACUUUCCACUCUGCUACAGUUGCUGUGGUUGGUGAAAGGUUCCUUGCCCGAGACAUAACCUUCGAAAACACAGCAGGUCCCUCAAAGCACCAAGCCGUUGCCCUCCGCGUCGGUUCCGAUCUCUCGGCAUUCUACCAAUGUGACAUGCUGGCAUACCAAGACACUCUCUACGUUCACUCCAAUCGACAGUUUUAUGUCAACUGCCUCGUAGCAGGAACUGUUGAUUUCAUCUUCGGCAACGCUGCAGCCGUGUUCCAAAACUGUGACAUCCAUGCUCGGAGACCAAACUCGGGGCAGAAAAAUAUGGUGACAGCACAAGGCAGGACCGACGCUAACCAAAACACUGGCAUUGUGAUCCAGAAAUGUAGGAUAGGUGCCACUUCUGAUUUGCAGCCUGUUAUUAAAAAUUUCCCAACAUAUCUUGGGAGGCCCUGGAAGGAAUAUUCGAGAACUGUCAUAAUGCAAUCGACAAUCAGUAAUGUGAUUCAUCCCGUUGGGUGGCACGAGUGGAGUGGGAGUUUCGCCCUGAAAACAUUGUUUUACGCCGAGCACCAGAACACCGGCGCCGGUGCUUCGACCUCUGGGAGGGUGAAAUGGGGAGGGUACAAGGUGAUCACUAGUGCAACCGAGGCUCAGGCUUUCACUCCUGGGAGGUUCAUUGCCGGUGGAAGUUGGUUAAGCUCUACAGGCUUUCCUUUCUCUCUUGGGUUGUAAAGAGUUUGAAGCUAUUGUAUUGUCAUGUAGCACCCGCUUUGAGAUUAAUUUGCGGCCAUGUACCUGUUAAUUAUUACUAAUUUAAAAAGUAACAAUAAAGCAAUAUUGCCAAUUCUUC